GACCGUUACUUGUCGCCCAAAACCUACUUACUCAGCACCCUAUAUAAUAGGCAGGGAACUCGGUAGGUUUCGGCAAGCCUACGACUAGCUGUAUUAUUUCAAGAAGCUUCAGUGUGUCAGAGAACCUACAGUGCGCGAACAUGAUGAAUCUCAAGUGUAUAAUUUAUGUGUUUGGAAUAUUUUUGUUUAACAAAACGUUUGCUGACCGGUAUACAGCAGAUUAUAUACUUCACUCGGAAGUGGAUUUUGACAUCACAGUCGUUUACAGACUACGAGGAAACUCCAUAAACUCGGUUAAAUGUGCGAGGCCGGAUCAAUUUUUCGACGAUUUCAAGAAUUACGGAUGUGAUGGUGGCGAAGUUCAUUCCAGGACUAACGCUAUUGGUGUUCCGAUCACAUUUAAUGGAAGAGUUUUGAGGUCGAAGAACAAAGACCUAGAAUUCAUUGUAGACUCGCAUUACCGUGGAAAUUAUUUUACAAAAAAUCACGUCGAGUACGACCCGUUGUAUUGGAAUAUCUGUUCAACGUACGAGAAAUGGAUACCUUUCAUAGGUUUCGAAACCAGACAGGCUGCAGGAAGUCUGUUACAGAACAACAUACUAGGUCAUUCGAGCACGUUUAAUAUCAGUUGGACGCCAAAAGAAACCGCUAAAGGAUGUGUAUCAAUAACAUAUAGAUCAGACAGCUGGUCCGAGGAUUAUAAACAUUUAAUGAUUUAUGAAAGAGGCAAUAGUGAGCCAAUUAUAUCACAUAAACUAAAAACUACGACACGACCUCAGGACGAAUCGGCGACGGUAAUACUGCGAACCGACAGCUUGUUUUUAGAAAAUUCAACUUAUGAUCUGGUUAUAAGUCAUCCCAAGACGGUUUUCAAAAAAAGGUUUGGAAUCAAAAGAAUAGCUGAUUGCAAUAAUGAAGACGGAGACAUUUAUGAAAUAUCUGCAAGUGAAAUUAGAUCAAGUAAAAUUCAUAAAGCCAGCGCUUAUUAUUUAAACGGUGCUGAGCCAAAGGAUUCGGUGUAUUCUAACAAAGAGUGCGGAUUAAACAGAUUUGGAGCCGACUGUUCCGGAAUAUGCUCGACGCGGAACAUGGAGUUUUGUAAGCUUAAGCUAUUUUGCACUUCACGUUAUGGAUGCUCGUGUGCACCUGGCUAUACUGGACGUUUUUGUGACGAAGAUUGUCCGUCAGGAACGUUUGGUCGUGAUUGUCAACAAACGUGUCCCAAAAACUGUCCAAAUGCAUGCGACGUCUUUACGGGCGUGUGCCUCAGAGGGUGCGAACAAAAUCCACCAAAUUGCCCAGAAAGUACAUAAAUUCAGCCCAAAAACACAUAAUUUGAUAUAUGCAACUAGCAACAGAUUAUGUAUAUUUAAAAUAAAAAACAGACGAUAACACAUUGUGUACUUAUUUAUGUCCAAUAAAAAAUUAAUAUCAAUCUACCUGUUGAUUUAAAAAAAUGUUGAAUGUAUUAUAUGUGAUUAUUAAA